AUGAAGUAUGGCGCAACUCUUCGCCAGAAUUCCAUACCCGCAUGGGCGCAUCGUGAGCAUCUCCCGUCUCCACGCGCCUCAACCACACUGACCAGCCAGACNAACAUUGACUACGAUGACGUGAAGCACUACAUCAAGGAGAACACAACCGCGGGGAACGGCAACAGCAUUUCUAUCCCGGGUGCCGGCGAUGUGAGAGGGAAAGAGCUUGAAGACAAUCUCCAUGGCAUCCUACAACAACAGCAUCAAAGAAUCACCUUGUUUGUGAAGAGUAAGACGGGCGAGAUCGAGAGGCGGCUGGGUGAGUGCUCAUCCUCAACACAAUCGGCACAUAGCACGACAGCGUCCAUUGACAAUNNAGCAGACCACCUCCGCAAGCAGACCACAUUACUGGCUUCAAAACCCGCCGUCAAUGGCCGCAUACCUGCCAGGCGUCUUGAAAAGUAUGGUCGCCUCGAGGCCGACAUCCUCAAGGCUGGUGAUGAACUACAAUGUCUGUCGCGCUUCUCGAAAACCCAACAGACCGCCUUUCGUAAGCUUCUAAAGAAACACAAGAAGUGGACCGGCUCAACAGACCUCGAGACCGAAUUCAACAGACACGUCCUGGGCGAGACCUCCAGCUUCACCAAGAUUGACAUGGACCCUUUGUAUACUGAAUAUGAAGAUACGCUCUCGGCAUUGAGGACAUUGUACCAUGAGCGCAUCAGCGGAGCACCAGACAGACUUCCAGUCGACGCUGGUACUCAAGAUAAUUCUGCACAAAUCCGAUCUAUCAUCGAGUCGAGCUCAUCUGUCGAGUUUGACUCGUACUUCUCCACAUCGCCUCUUGGUCGUAGCGGCAAGAACGCUGUCUACUGGGUACAUCCGGACAACAUCGUCGAACUUCAAAUCCUACUCUUGCAACACGCUCGAUCAUUUCCCACCCGUACAUUACCCUCGGCAACAGUUUCGCCUAUGCUAUCCCGUCAGAACAGUAUCACAUCUUCGACAGGUAGAAGAGGCAGUAGUACCAUAGAAGCCGAUACCACUGUGCUCGUUGCCGACGAUCUCGAAAGUUUCAUUGCACGCCAGAGCUCUUCUACAUUCGAGCAGCGCGAGGAGACUGUAGGAAGUCGUCUCCAAGAGGCAGCUGUUCAUGCGAGAUGGACUAAAUCUGAAGAUGCCAUUGUUACUGCUCAAUUGGAUGAGCGGGACAUCCAGAAGGUGUCGGUCAAGCGCAAGAAUGUUCUUGCUGUCAUAGAGCCUUCUUCAACCACAUCAUUCCGCAAGUCUUCCAUCACCCAAGACAUGAGUCCUGAAGCCGUUGAAAGCAUGCGUACCUGGAUAGCUCAGCAAAGAACCAUCAAACCACUGACUACCAUCGCUUCCAACCGGUCGCGCUUUGCUGAGACGGCUACUGAUUCGAGCGGGUUCAUUCUUGCCACACUGGAUAAGGGUAUCCGUAUGCGGAAAGCAGAGUCUUUGACAAACACUCUCGAGGAUACAUCCUCUCAAUCUAUGAGUGCAGAGUUCCCCUUUGCAGUACUUCGCGUGAGACAGGAAGGAUUUCGCAAUAGCACCCUUGUCAAGGUCCUGGAUCAGAGUCAUCUUGUCGAACGCGUUCGUGGAUUUUCGCUCGAGUACCACUCAGUAUGGUACUGCUGUCAGCCUGAGAAUGUUGUUCCUCCAUUCUGGAUACCCCUGAUGCAACGGGACGUCCGCAAAGUGCCAACAGCGGCAAGCAGACGUAGGGUGUACAACAACGACUCCAGCUAUGGUUCUCAGUCUACUACACCUCAGAUGUCAACCUCGACUGGAUCUGUAGGCGAUCACACUGGUGAUGUGACCGCAGUGGAGGAUCAAUCGCCUCCUCGGGUCAAGAUCCCCGACCAGUUGGAGACACCUCCCCUCAGUGCUUUCCGCAAGAAGAGAAAGUCGGCUUAUGACAGGGCUGGCAGUGCUCUACCAAAGCAAAUGUACUGGAGUGAAUAUGAUGAUCCUUCUGGCUCAGAGGAUGAGGGCGCUUACGUCUUGUACAUUGACCCGAACGAAAUCUCGUCAGCCACCAAGACAUGGCGUCGCAUCUGCAGCCUUUGGUCCAAGAAAAAGCCUUCAGACCAAGAGUCUCUGCUUGGUCACGAUGGCACUAACGAUCACGGCAUGACAGAGGAAUCGGUGAGUUCCUCAGACGAAGAAGCACACGUUCCCAGGCGUACUUCACAGCGCUCAUAUGGAACACUGAGCCAACCGACGAACCAGGCUUCUGGAUACAAUCCUGCAACAUACCACCAGCAACCUGACUGGGUUGCACAACUAGCAGCGACCUGUUUGGUCGCGUCGAUGCUNCUGCUCUGCAUUGGCUACAUACUAGUGGCUACUGGCAAGAGAAAGCUAGCGUCUGAAGUUGAUGCUGGUGUCGUGUUGGCAGUCGCUUCAAGUCUGGCCUUCGCCGUGUCGGGCGUUUGUGCAGUGUUUGGCAGACAGAAACCUCGCUGGCCCAUUGCUACAUUGGUAAUUGGUAUUAUGAUUGUAGAUGUCGCAGCAGCAAGUUUCCUACUUGUCUGGGCCUUUGGUUAA